AAAGCAGCGAGGAGCAAGGCACGGUGGAGCGCUGUGCACCUAGGAAAGGCCCAGGUCUGCAGCUUACGGCCCAGGAGAGGGAUUUGGUGGUUAUUAAAGGAAAAUCCUUUAAGCCAUCAGCCCGGGGUGUGCCGGCAGUGAAAGCACAAACAAGAACCCGAGCGUGGACACAAAGGAGGAGCCGGAGAUGGAGCCCCGUCCCCCCGCCUGGCCGCUGCUCUGCCUGCUGCUGCUCUGCCAGUCCUCCUGCGCAGGUGUGGGUGCCCAGACGUAUCCGGACUUCAAACUGCAGCAGCCCCAGAGCUCGGAGGUGGUGAUCAAAGGCGACACGCUGACCCUGAACUGCACAGUGUCUGGAUCGGGUCCUGUUGGUCCUGUGAAGUGGGUGAAGGGCUGGGGCAGCGACAAUCAGACCGUUUAUGAACAUAAAGGCUCCUUCCCACGUGUGAUGAGAGCAGUUCCUGACCCCAGCAACGACUUCACCAUCCGCAUCAGCAAUGUCAGUCUGGAGGACGCCGGCACCUAUUACUGCGUGAAGUUUCGCAAAGGCACUGUUGAUGAUGUGGUGUUUACGAAGGGUGGGGGCACGGAGGUGUCGGUGCACGCCAGACCCUCUGUGCCAGUCGUGUCGGGGCCGAGUCACCGAGCGGUGCCGGGGCAGUCGGUGCCCUUCACCUGCAGUGCCAAAGAGUUCUCCCCCCGUGACAUCCGGGUGAAAUGGCUCAAGAACAGCACUCUAGUUCGGGCUGAGCCGCCCCACGUCACCCCAGAGCUGUCAAAUUCCUCCUACCGCAUGUCCAGCACCCUGCAGGUGAAGCUGAGCGAGGACGACGUCCGCUCGGAGCUCACCUGCGAGGUGCAGCACCCCACGUUGGCAGCCCCGCUGAGGAAGACGUACGCGCUGCACCAGGCCCUGCGAGUUCCCCCCAGCGUGUCUGUGGUCGCCGCGCCGUCGGGCGCCGUGGAGGUGAACAAGACGGUGAACUUCACCUGCCGCGUGCAGGGCUUCUACCCGGGAGCUGUGAAUGUCAGCUGGCUGGAGAACGGGACGGAGAUGAACACGGGGAACAGCACGCAGCCAACAGAGACCUCCCGGGGCUUGUUUGAGCUGAACGACACGGUGACGGUGCAGGCGGGGGAGGAGAAGAGUGGCUUCAAGUUCACCUGCCUGGUGGUGCACGAGGACCAGGAGCCCAUCUCCGGCACGGGCAUCCUGUGGGUCACUCCUCCAGCCCUCGGGGAAAGCAAUGAAGGCCUCAUCGGAGACAGCAAAAGUCUCAUCUAUGUGGCCGUGGGAGUGGUGUGCACUGUGCUGGCGCUGCUGGUGAUUGCAAUUCUCUACCUCAUCCGGACGAAGCAGAGCAAGGCAGGUAAGAGCUCUCCGUCUGCCAGGUUACACGAGCCGGAGAAGAGCAGCGGGACCACCACCACGCAGGAGUCUGACCCCAACAACAUGACCUACGCCGACCUGAACUUCGCCAAAGAGAAGAGGAAGAGCGUCCGCCGCGUCAUCGAGCUGAGCCAGCAGUCAGAGUACGCCUGCAUCCAGGGUAGCAACAGCAGCAGCAGCCAGCCGGCCAGCAGCAGCGACAACCUGACCUACGCCGACCUGGACAUGGUGCACCUCAGCAAGGCACCCCGGCGGCCCCCCCCGUGCCCCGAGGAGAGCAGCUCUGAGUAUGCCAGCGUCCAGAUCCAGCGGCAGUGAGCGGGGCUGGGGCUCACGGGGGUCCUGGUCUCCCCCCUCCUCCCCCCCUCCACCCCACAGGGGGACUUUCUUAGCAGCGCUGUUGGCCACGGUACCCGUGUUCUGGGAUGGGAGCGCAGCCUUUGGUGCUGUGCCUGCUCCUGGGGGUUGACUUUUGUUUGCAGACAUUUGGGACGGUUUGAGGGCUCCUUGGCUUUGGGACUUCCCCAACCCUUGGCCGUGGGGAGCUGUGCACUGGGUUUGCUCACGGAACCCGAGGAUGCGUCGCUGGAGAGAGCGCUGCAGUGCGUUAGGGUCCGGGAUGGUGCCUCCAGGCCAUGGGCUCCCACCUGCCUUUGGGGGCUCUGCUGCGUGGAAAACAAACUCUGGCUUUAAAGGAAUGAUGUCAGUGUCCACCUCUCUUCCCAAGUGUCUCUUCCAUGGGCUCUUGCACUGACGCCAAUAGGACUGGGGGGCUGCAGGAGGCGAGCCGCAGCCACGUUGGCUUUGCCCCAUCACCAAACAUCCUCCUCCUCCACCCAGCCCAGAGAUCUGUGCCCUGGGCUUGUACAAAGCACGCAGCCCCCUCCAGCCACGCAGCCCUGUGUGUUUGGGGCCACAGUGAGCCCCUCCCCCCCCCCCCCCCCUCCUCGGGCACAGCCCCCCACAACCCCUUGGUAACGUUUAACAUGUUCUAAAUGUUUGCCACGUAACUCUUAAUUUCUAGAGCUCAACCCCAAUGUUUCACGUGUUGUACGUGGGUGUACUGCUGUGUGCGUCGCACUAGGGUAAGGUGUGCAAAAUGAAGAACGAGGCCUCUGUCAAAGCCCCAGAAACCCCAUAGAGCUUCUGUCUGACACCCCCUGCUUGGAUGUGGGCUGGGGGCACCGGCAGCUCCCUGCAGCCAAGGCUGGGGUGGGGGGGGACACACAUCUUCUAUGUGUCCCCUGCCCCAGGACCCCCCCCCCUUCAGCACCCAUGGGACUGGUGUGGGGUGGGGGAAGCCCUGGCACUGCUUUGGGAUCUGUGUGACUGCCUGUACUGACCAUGAUUUUUUUUUCUUCUUUUUUUUUUUUCUUUUUGCUUGCGAGAUAUUUUUAUAAUAAAAGUGGAAAGUCCUGUG